AUGGCGCAACCCAGUCUCGAAAUCUCCCAGCAUGAGCCCAGACCUCGAGACCCGCACAAUCCGAGCGACGAAAAGACCCUCGAACAGCAGGCGUCGGGCACCGCAGCAUCGAUAACAGCACCUCCUCCAGCGAAUAAUUCGACAUUGGAAAACUUCAAUUCGUUGACCCAUCGAGAUGGACGAGAGCGUCUUGAAGAGCCACCAGCUCUGCCGUUUAACAUGCGAGACCACAAAAUGUCUGUGUCCAUAUUUACGCUUCUGGUGGUCGCUGAGUGUACCGUCGUCCCGCUGACUCUAUACUAUGGGCUGAAGUAUGGCACCACCAUGAGAUCUGGCAUUUAUUUUGCCAUCAUUACCAGUCUUUUUGGCUUCGUUACCGGGUAUGAAUUCGGCAUCCGAGCGUGGCGCCUAGUUCGCAAAACCGACGAAUACCGGCCAUUGUUUGGAAGUCCACGAUUUUGGGGAUUUGACAGUACUCACUAUGUGCUGACGAUUCCCUUUACCGUGAUGCUGGUCAUCAUGAUCAUCUUCAGUAUCCCUCACCAUCCUUCCGUGAGAGCUCUGUCAAUACCAAUGCCUGUUGGUAUGAUCGUGACAGGCAUAAUGUUUGUGAUCAAUGGAUGGGCUGCGCAAAGGAGUUGGAGGUUGAUGUACUUCAGACUCAGUUCGCAUGUGAAGAACUCAAUCUGUCCACCUCUCACAUUCUGCUUGUUGGAAGACAUCUGCGCCGUGGAUGGGAAAGGAGGAAAGAAGUUUCGAACUGCGGCUCUAGCCAGAUACCAGGCUUCCCCACGCUUCCGAGCGCUGUUGUUGCAGUUGCAGUGGUUCUGGUCCAUCCCGGCCAUCGUGAUCGGGGUUGUUCUCAUGAUCGUGAUUUAUGUCACAACUGAUGACAUAGCUUAUGGUGUUGGCUGGGGUAUGCCUACCAUCUGGGCUCUUGUAUGGACAUGGGUUACCGUUGAAUGGGUGAGGAGAGCAUUGCAAGUCGAAAAGGAAUGCUGGAAGCCGGAGACGUCGCAAAUAGUGUAA